AUGUAUUUUAAAACACUUUUCUCUUUUGCUUUGGUUAUAUUUACUUUAAGCAAUAAUGCAAUUUCUAGUAAUCCUUAUGAUUUAGAAAACAAGACUUAUAAUACAGAUGUAGCUUAUUUUUACGAUCAUCCUGCCAACUUUUAUUCUUUUGAUGUGAUUCAUAACACCGGAAAGCCUCCCAAGAUCUUUGAUAGUAACCCUAUUUAUAUCUUUCUUAAAGACCUUAAAGAUGAUAUUUGUAAUGUUCUACAACCAAGCAUUAUUGACUUUAUUCCUGGUGACGAAGGGUACUCCGAUUUUAAACAAGUUGUUAUAGUUAUUGGUCGCAAGGAUAAUGACUCUCAUAUAACGUGCUAUGAAGAUCUGAAAAGGCUUGGCAGAAAAGUAAAACUUUACUUUACAGAUAUCUAUCUCAAUCUUCCUGUUGUUGGCUUUUCUUCCAAAUUGGAAUACCCUGAUGAUGGUCCAGCAAAGCUUGGUUAUUACAAUGGUGGUCCUGUUCGUUAUUUUGACUUUGGUAUAAAUCCAGCAGGCAAUGCUACUGCUGAUCUUUUUCAUGCGGUUUCUAAAAAUUACACCCGAUUAGCCAACUUGCCUAGUACAAUUCCUGGUUUAAAGGACUAUAGUGCCAUGUGGAUCGUCUUUAAUCUCACUGUCGUUAAGCCAUUAAAAGAAAUAACAUCUCUCGAUCAAUUAUCUGAUAUUACGCCAGUAUAUAUUAAUGCCAUAGUUAAUUGUCCAGUUUCUAUCACUAUUCUUGAGAAAAAGCUAAAUAGAUAUUAG